GAUCUGGGUCGGGGGUGGGGCUUUCGUCCAGGGGGCGGGACCAGGACCACGACUGGGAGGGGGCUAGCCUGGCCCUUGGCCGUUGCCCGGCAACGCCCGGGCGCUAAGUCUCCGUGUCCAGGCCCCUCCCCCUGAGGAGGUGGGCUCGGUGUCACGUGACUCGGGCCCUACGGGAGGGGGAGUGGUCGGGGGCCCGGCCGGACGCGACCACUUAAGGAGGUCCGAGGGGCGCGCGCCUCGUUCCCUGGCCCGGACCCCAGCCCCUCUGCACCGCGGGGAGAAACUGAGGCCCGAGUGGCCCCUGCAGCCCCGGGGAGGGCCAUGAAGGUACUGCUCUUCACCGGGCUGGGAGCCCUGUUCUUCUCUUAUUACUGGGAUGACAACUUUGACCCUGCCAGCCUCCAGGGAGCCCGCGUGCUGCUGACAGGGGCCAGUGCGGGCGUCGGGGAGGAACUGGCAUAUCACUACGCCCGCCUGGGCUCCCACCUGGUGCUCACUGCCCACACGGAGGCCCUCCUGCAGAAGGUGGUAGGGAACUGCCGGAAGCUGGGCGCUCCCAAGGUCUUCUACAUCGCUGCGGACAUGGCCUCCCCUGAGGUGCCCGAGCGCGUGGUGCAGUUCGCGCUGGACAAGCUGGGAGGACUGGACUACCUCGUGCUGAACCACCUCGGCGCCACCCCGGCAGGCUCGCGGUCCAGGAGCGUCCAGGCCACACGCUGGCUCAUGCAGGUGAACUUUUUGAGUUACGUGCAGCUGACUUCGUUGGCGCUGCCCAGCCUGACAGACAGCAAAGGCUCUCUGGUGGUCGUGUCCUCGCUGCUCGGCCAGGUGCCCACAUCCUUCUCCCGCCCGUACUCGGCAGCCAAGUUCGCUCUGGACGGCUUCUUCGGCUCUCUGCGGCGGGAGCUAGACGUGCAGGACGUGAACGUGGCCAUCACCAUGUGUGUCCUGGGCCUCCGGGAUCGCGCCUCCCCUGCCGAGGGAGUCAGGGGCGUCACGAGGGCCAAGGCGGCCCCAGGGCCCAAGGCGGCCCUGGCCGUGAUCCGCGGCGGCGCCACACGCGCCCCCGGCGUCUUCUACCCAUGGCGCUUCCGCCUGCUCUGUCUGCUGCGGGGAUGGCUGCCGCACCCGAGGGCCUGGUUCAUCCGCCAGGAGCUCAACGUCACCGCUGCCGCUGCUGCCUGAGCUGCUGCGGGUGGCACCCCUUCAGCUUCCCAGAGAGGGGAACCCUCUAUCCAGCCGUCUCGGAGCCGGGACACGAACCGAGACACCUCGGAGACGGUGGCCGUGGCUCAAGACAGAGUCAUCAAGACAGAAAAGGAAAACCGAG